AUGCGGAGCUACUGUUCCAACACCAGUACUUCAAUUACUGGUGCACUCGAGAGUACAGCUCCGGCUAUACAAACACUGGUCUACCAGUGCAGCGAUAGUGCCGUUCCCACGCAUUCCUUAUUAAAACUUAUAGCCUCUCAGUUACAGCGGUGGUUUACUGUUAAGACAAAUCAGGUGAUAAUGGGGUCACAGGAGGGCCCGAAGUUGGAGUGGAUGUACAAGGGGGUGAGAGGUCUGGUGGACAAUGAAGACUACCUGACCGGCCGAAAGGUGGACAAGACUUUUGAGAUAAUAACGGCCGAAGAGAGCGGACAACCGAAAGGAGAUUUGGAGGGAUUCGAGUCAGCGGUUCCCCAAUCAGUCUUCGACUCACUUCCCAACACAUCCAACAACUCUAUGGUUACCAUCGAUUUGGCCGCAAAACUCAGAGAAGACCCGUUGUAUGAGAUUCGCGUCAAACAGCGCGAAGAGCGACGAAAACUGUUAGACAAUCCGUUGAAACUCAAGAAAUUGAGGACUAUUUUGGAGUCCACUAUCACUAGAGAUAAGCACAAGAAGAAUAAGAAGAAACACAAACCAAGAGAUAGCAGUAGUAGUGGUUCCGACAGUAGUGAUCAUUCCGAUCGUAAAUAUGACCACAAAAGGCAUCGAAGUGAUGAUAGGGAUUACGAGCGAAGAGAUAGAGAUCACAGAAGUAGUCAUCACUCGCACUAUAAGCCAUCAGAUCGUCACAAGAGUUACGAAUCCAAUAGAGAUAAAGAGAGAAGAGAUGGAAAUAAUGACAAAAGAGAUUCCGAGCGAAGACGUGACCAAAGAGUGCACACAAACGAAAGGAGAGACGAUUCCAAACGAUAUGAUAAGCCAUUGGAUGGCAGACAACGAAACACUUGGACCACUCAGUCAAAGCCGCCGCAGAAGACGAGACUCAGUGCAGAACAGUUGGAACAGAAGCGCAAAGAGAUGGAGGAUAACGCCGUUUGGAGGGAAAGCCAACGCAAGACUAACGUCCAGACGUAUGACAAGGAGGAAAAGGAGGAGAACCAGUUCAACGCCUCCGGAAAAUCGGCACAAUUCAUAAAACCAUUGCUUAAGAGCGCCACUGAAUCCGACUCUUUGGAGGACCGGAUCCGGCAAAAGAGGUUUACCUCUCAAAGAGGCUAUAACUUAAUGGACAGCAAUUUCGCGCGAAAGUAG